AGUAAGUAUAUAGUUUAUUAGCUGUUAUCCUUUUCUUAGUGUGAGUCGAAGCUUGAGUUAGAGUGUUAUUGUGUGCGGUAGCUUAAAGAGUGUAGAGCUCCCGUCCAGCCAUGCUCUGGCUACUCCUGGCCCUAUCCCUGGCGCUGUGGUGGGCGGGCUGGCGCGUGCGGCACCGCCGUCUGCUGGCCCUGGGCGGCGCCCUGCCCGGCCCCGCCGCCCUGCCUGGCUUGGGCAACGCGUGGAAGUUCAUGUGCAAGCCUGAAGAUCUGGUGAAGGUGAUCCAGGACCUGUCGGUGGAGUACGGGGACGUGAUGCGGUUCUGGCUGGGGCCAGACCUGAACGUGGUGGUCAGCGACCCUGGGUACUUGAGGACUCUGAUGAACGGCAACAAGAUAAGUGUGAAGGGCCAGCAGUACAAGUACAUGUCCGAUGUUCUCGGAAAGGGCAUCUUGAGUGGAUCAGGUCCAGUAUGGCGCAAGCACAGGAAGAUAGCCACUCCGAACUACAGCAAGCGGGCCAUCGACAGCUACGAGGCGUUCUUCAACCAGGAGGCUGCAGAGAUGCUGGUCCGGCUGCGAGAGAGGGAUGGAGAGACCCUGAACAUGCAUGAGGAGGUGGUGCGAGCCACCAGCUAUGUCGCUUGUCAAACACUGAUGGGACUUACCAAGGAACAAACUAGCAAUCUGCCUCAUUUUCACUACCUCAUCGAGAAAAGUCAAAGAAUGUACGACAUAGUGUUCUUCCGAAUGACGACGUGGUGGCUACAAAUAGACCCAGUAUUCUGGCUCACCAGCUACUACCGAGACCAGAAGACCUUCGUCUCCAAAAUGAUGGAGUUCUGUGGAGCAAUCCUCGACCUUCGUACUCAGGCUCUAAGGGAUCUCGGCAAAGACAAGAUAGAGAGGCUAAUGGGAACCGAAGAUGACCUGCCAUCGAAUACUGAACUGAGUGUGAUCGACAGGUUUCUGCUGUCGAAAGAACUGAGUUGGGAAGAGAUGUGCCAUGAGACUUUCACGGUGUUCACUUCAAGUCAAGAAGCUACGGCGAAAAUUGCGUCGUUUCUGCUGCUGAUGAUGGCCCAGCACCCUGAAUGCCAAGAAAAGCUCUACGCAGAGAUAACGAGCGUGAUGGGGGAACAGGACAGAGAUAUCUACGACGAAGACCUGAAGCGGAUGGCGUACCUGGAGCUGGUGUUUAAGGAGGUGAUCCGGCUGUUCCCCAUCGGAGUCCUUCUGCAGAGGACUGUCACUGAGGACAUAGAACUAGGCUCAGUGACCCUCCCAUCAGGCUGCUCCCUAGUGGUGCCGAUCUACAGCCUGCACCGUGACCCUCGCUUCUGGAGACACCCUGAAGACUUCGACCCGGAGCGGUUCACGCCUGAGAACAGCAAGGGCCGCCAUCCGUACUGCUAUAUACCGUUCAGCAUGGGGCCUAUGGAUUGUUUGGGCCGCCACUUCGCCAUCAAAGUGGUGAAGACAGUCUGCGUCCGCAUUCUCCGCGAGUUCCACCUCUCGUCUCCGGAGCCCUACGCUGACCUACAGGUCUACUUCUCCAUCUCCGCAGUGCCGCUGAAGGGGUUCCCCGUCACGCUGACUAGAAGAAAAUGUUUAUGAGAUAAGGGGGAGAAAUAUAUUAUUAUUGGUGUAAU